AUGAGUUCAACUACUGAGUUGUCAAACAAAACUUUACUGAGGAAUGGGACAAGGAUACAAACACUAUUUAAUAGACUUCCAAAGGACUUUCUAAUUAAAAACUGUUUACAUUGGAUUCAAUCACAGACAUAUCCACCAAAUGCAGCAGUUAACAACUUUGAUGAUGGAUUUCCUAUGGAAGACUGGAAUCCUCUGGAGUUUUAUCUCCAUCCUCCGAAAUCAAUGCUUAAACGUGCCAUCGCGUAUAGAAUGAUUAAUGUGGAUUGGCCAAACGGUUUUUCUUUAGGUCAAGUUGCUCAUCUAGAGCUUUCAGCUAUUGCUGAAGGCAUACUUAGUUUCCGCUGGACUGCAUCCAAAGUUUUCCAUCAUAAAGGGCGUUCUUUGUUUUCAAAUCCAGCAGUUAUUCUUCAAAUGCUUAAAUUGGAAUUACAAUCUCUAUUCAUUUACCAUACAUACAUGCUGCAACACCCAACACUCCCUAUAUGGUUAAUACGUAUCCAGCUACACGAGUCGAAUAAACCCUCGUCUCUCCAUCUACUUCCUUCCUCUCGACGAAUUAUAUAUCUGGGAAUUAUAAAAGAUUCCGAUACUAUAUUGCAUAAUCUCUUUCUGAAGAACGAUGUCUGUCAUAGGCUCGUAGAUCGUCUUCAACCAGCCAGCUUUUUACAGCCAUUAGAACUUACAGCAAAAAGCUUGGAGAGUUUGUAUCAAAUGUUGGGCUCUCACCGAAAAGCUAAUGCUUUGGGAGCUUGGCAAAUUUAUGGAAAUAACGAAGUAGAUCCGUCACCAUUGGACUUGCGUCCUACAGAUUUAAAUAAUAAGUCUCUUCAUACAAGGCAACUUGCAUCAAAUACGCUAAGUGGGUCUGACAGGAAAAUAGCAACUCAAAAUCGAUUCGGUGACAUAUCCAACCAAGCCUUUGAUCGUGUGAUUAUUACGCUCAACCAUGACUAUUUGUAUGAUAAGGAAGAAGAAUUAAGAGAUGCAAGUAUUAGGCGCAAAUCGCUUUCUAGCAUGAAUGUCCAUAGACCCAUUUUGACAUUACAGUUUCGAGGUCAGCAUGUUUUUCAAGGGAUAAAAGAGCUUUGUGAAGAAGGCGCAAUAGAUCCGAUUACGAUUCCUUCCUAUUUAACUGGUGAAACAGGCAAAUCUAUGCUUUAUGUUAACGAUGGAUUAGCUCAAGAUAAACCAACUUUACAAGGCUUUCAGGAAACAUUGUAA